CACACUCCAUAGUCUAUGAUUACGAGUAUUAUGCAACUGGUCACAACGCCGCUAUCUGUCUUGCCCCUAUUGGUAUCAGAGUAGAUGAUACUGUUAUUCAAACAAUUCCCCGCGUCGCUAAUUGUCAUUCCGAGAAAGCUCCUGAAUCACGUAUGCAAGCACGUACCAAUGCAUUAUUCUUUAUCGCCGUUUAUCGGCUUUGAAUCAUGGCGCGAUUGAGCUCCUCAUAGACAUUAGUAGCUAUUAGAUAGAUUAUCUGAAGAUAUCUUGUUCGGAAUGCAACAUUCCUGCCUAUUCAUAAGCUCUCUCCAACAGAACAUUUCCAUCUCACCCACUUCCUCCCAGGCACAUCUCAACUAGGUAGACAAGUUGUAACAAUCAAUCGCCAAUCAUCAGAAGACACCGCCAACAUGUCGUUCGGAAAGCUUUACACAUACCCCAAAGCGCCUCGCUCAACGAUGGUCUUAUUCGUUGCGGAGUAUAACAAGCUGGAUGUCGAAAUUGUCAACGCUUUCCCCAUCAAGGUUUACCCUGAGAAGGGCGGAGUUGGCGAUGUGUACCUGUCUAAGUUCCACACAGGAAAGGUACCAGCUCUUGAGACUGCGGACGGGUUCUGCGUCUAUGAGAGCAUAGCAGUGGCUUGGUUCCUGGCGAAGCAAGAUCCCAACACUAAGCUCUGCGGUACAAACCUGCAGGAAGAGACUACGGCUCUCCGCUGGGCUUCAUUCACAAACUAUGAGCUUCUACCGCCAAUCAUGGCCUGGAUCAACCCCGUCAUUGGCCGGGCACCAUCUAGCCCAGAGAUCUUAGCGAAACUAGAGGAAGGCUGCGAACUUACUGUUCGCGCCGUGGAAAAGGAAAUCACGGGGAAACAGUACCUCGUAGGAGACAAUUUGACUUUAGCAGACCUGUUCGUUGUCUCCGGUCUAGCAAGGGGCUACCAAUACGUAUUUACCAAGAGCUGGGCGGAGAAGCAUCCGGUUGUGCAUGACUACUACAUGCGUAUCAGGAAUGACCCUCAAGGGAUAUUCGAUCGCAUACUUGGCAAGCAGGUCAUUCGAGAUGAGCCGGGCGGCACAUACCCCGAUUAUGAUGGGCUAUAAGACUGCGGUGAGCUAGAUAGGCUUGCAAGAAAUUAUAUAUCUAUCUAACCAGUAUGCCGUCUUUUGCCUCUAAGCUCUAAAUCUGCGGGUAAAGUGUCUAUAACU